GUAAUUUGGGUUAACAUGUUGUGACAACCGUGAAGUUUGUGGUUUAUGACAAAUUUGAUGUAUUUGUGUUCGUUAUUUGUGUACUUUUGCACAGCAUCUCGUUUCAUUUCCUUGAAGAAAAGAAAAUGGAAGAGAAUUUUGACGUAACAAGUUUCUCGGAAGUAACAUACAACGAAGGCUUGGCGACGUCUCAGAUAAAGGAAGAACCCAACAUUCAGUCUGGUGCUUUUGGUAUAAAGCACAGCUAUAGAGGAGAAGAGGAAGUAAUUUCAUAAUUCUCCCCAACUGUGUGCGAACACCUGGUUGGCUCUGAAGAUUUUUUUCCUGUCUCGCACUUUAAACACAAAGAAAUAAGAGCAAAAUCUCCAGUGAAGUAUAGCAGCAAGGCACAUAUGGAGGAAGAAGAAGUUGUCCUGGGACUGAUUCCUGCAGCAGAUUGGGUGGAGAAUCGGCCUCUCGAGGAAGGAGGUGAAAUUGAACUUGCAGCAGCUAAGAAGUUACAACAUUGCUUGGAAGCUGAUCAGCUUAUGGAAAUAAAACCGAAGAAAGAAAAAGAGGACAUUGAAGAAAUUACCCUUGAUUCAGAAGAGGAAGAGCCUGCAGAGCAGACAGGAAAUGGUCUGAGGAAGUUCUUUGCUAGAUUCAAAGAGGUUGAAGAGAUAGAAACAACAGAAGAGAAGCAUCAUAUUGAGGCACCUAUUUUGUUUUCUGCAGGAGAGGAGGAUGAAGAGAUGAAAGUGAAGCAAGAAGAGGAGCUCCAAAUUGAAGCAUCGAAUGAUUUUCCUGAAGCACAGGAGGAUGAGGAAGUAAACAUGUGUGAGGAAGAAGGGCCUCAUAUUGAAGCAGUUACUGUGUUCUCUGAUAGUGAUGAGGACGAAAAUAUACACGUGAAGGAAGAAGAAGAGCUCCAGAUAGAGGCAGUUACUGUAUAUUCAGAUACCGAAGGGAGUGAAGAGGACUGUGUAUCGGGCAAGAAGGUUCAAAGGUAUAAUGCACAGGACGAUGGUGGCAAUCCACUCAUUGUUUCUGUAGCUCCUCCCCAGCCGACUGUUAUCGAGAGUGUGGUGCAGGAUGUGUAUGGCUGCAGCAGUUGCUCCAUGUCCUUCUCCUGCACUGCAGAAGUGAGCAAACACGUGAGGUCUCACCCGCCGAGGAGAAAGCCGUUCAUCUGCAGGGUGUGCUUGAAGACGGACACCUUGGCUUCCAAUCUCAAGAGGCAUAUGCGCACCCACUCUGGAGAAAAGCCAUACAGCUGUGUUCUGUGCUUCAAGAUGUUUACCUCCGCUUAUUCUCUGAAGAUACACAAGAGGAUUCAUUCGGGGUACAAACCGUAUGUCUGUAAACAAUGCCCCAGGGCUUUCUAUCAGAAGACAGACUUGAACAAACACUCCGUUGCUCAUUACAGGUCAGAGCAAUUACUGCAAAGCGCAAAGGAUCUUCUAGAAAACACAGAGUCAAAUUUGUUGAAGCGAAAUGUGAAAGUACGCAAUCCAUCUACGGCAAAGGUAUUUUCUCGAGGUGCAGCAUCGCGAGUGCCACACAUUCUGUGUCGUACGAGCCCUUACGUAUUGUCUCCCCCAUCAUCGAUGGCCCGUGCGAAUGGAAACUCGAUAACUGAUGAUUCGCAGACUGAAUCUCCAACAAAUGCACUUCACGAUUCGCCUCCACCAUUUGCACCUGUCAUCACUGAAGUUGUCGGGUCGUUCCACGAAGAAGACAGUGAAGUACAACCUUGCCCGUCACCGUUGAAUAAUGGAGAACGACAGAAGCAAGAAGCAUUUAAUGCGGGAAACUUGUCUAGCAACCAGAUUAGAAUGGAGAAAGCUGUAUACACACAACCAGUGAUGAAUUCAGUGAACCCACAGUGCACUAAUAACACUGUUGCAUUGCAAGAUACUGCCAUAUCUGCGUCCAGUUCUGCAGGUAAACAGCUGACAGUGAAGAAAAAUAUUUACAAGCAGCCAGAGAUGUUCUCAGUGAGUUCUCAGAAUGAUGCAAACUUGGGCACAACUCUUCUCUCUCCUGUCCAGUUGCCUACUAAUGUGGUGCAAAAUAAUGUAAACUCAGCAGCAACUGCCCCCAACACAGGGUUUGCGAACAAUUUUAUGCCCAAGCAAACUGGAGGUGAAAUGUUCUGCAUUCCUCUGAUCAUAAAUGGACAAAUGUGCUACGCAAUACCGGCUCCGACACCUUCCCAGUUGUCAGUUGUAAGUAACCCCUCACCAGUCCAGACGGCAGUCCAACCCAUGAGUUCCCAUAAUAUUCCCAGUCAAGAGACAUUUAUACUUCCUGUAUUUGUACCACCGAUUUCAAAUGGUGUCCCAAAUUCUAGUUCAUCGCAGCCUAUGGUCACACCAGCAGUAACUCCACAGACUCUAGUUCUUGGGAAUGCCACACCCAGUCAAUCGCAACAUCAGAUUGGGUUUCAGUCUGCACCUGUUAGUACUGUUACUGAUGAGCGGCUGGAAAAUUCCUCUGGAUCCCAAAUAGCAACUGGGAAGACUGAAAAUUUCACAGGAUCCCAGAUGACAACUGUGAAGACUGUUUCAUGUGUUCAACCGGGAAAUUUCUCGGGAUCACAGAUGACAACUGUGGAGACUGCCCCACGUGAUCAGCUGGAAAGUUCUUUCCGAAAUCAGGCAACAUCUGUGAAGACCGUCCACUGUGUUUGGCCGGAAAAUUCCUCGGGAUCCCAAACGACAACUGUGAAGACUGUCUCACGUAUUCGGCAAAAUAAUCAGUUUAUGCUUCCGCCCCCACCUGCGACAGACGUUAAGCGGGUGGAUCAUUAUGAUCAUCAUCAUAACCAUGAUCUUACAGUUACAAAGAAGGGUUCCAAUGGCAUUGUGCAACAUGAACGUGUUUAUUGCAAUACUUGUAACGCAUCUGUAAGUGUUUUUACUAAGCGAGGUAAACACAAGAAAGUGUCUUAGUAUUCCACAAGGACGUAGAUGUGACAUUCUCAGGUGGGGUUUGCAAAUCCAGGGUCAGCAAAGAGGAGAGACCUACAGGUACAGAUGAUAAUGCCAGAAUGAGCUGUAUUAGCACUGAUAUGCACUGUGGGAUUCUAGCCUGAUGUGAUCUAUCUGUC